UCGGUCAGCGUCUGCCUCUGCUCUUCCGCCAUUAUUAUUGUAAAUUUCUUGCGAAAUUGCAGUAUAAAUCGCUAUAAAUCCCCUAAACUUCUUGAUUAUUUUGUGAUUUUGAUAGAAAAUUUGUACUUAAAGGCUGCAAUAUGUCUAUCGGUGUGCCUAUUAAAGUACUUCACGAAGCCGAAGGUCAUGUAGUGACCUGCGAAACGAAUACCGGUGAAGUUUACCGGGGGAAGCUAAUCGAGGCCGAAGACAACAUGAACUGCACGAUGACGCAGGUGACGGUGACUUACCGCGACGGCCGCGUCGCUCAGCUGGAGAACGUGUACAUCCGGGGCUCGAAGAUCCGCUUCCUCAUCUUGCCCGACAUGCUGAAGAAUGCUCCGAUGUUUAAGCGGCAAGGGAAUAAGCCGACGGCAGGACGCGGAAAGAGCGCUAUACUAAGAGCACAAGCUGCAGGUCGAGGUAGACCAGGCGGGAGAGGUGGGGGGCACCGCGGAGGCUGGCAAGGUGGCUCCGGGCCUUCGAGACGUUAGUCCACACUCACCAUACAGUAGGCUAGGCUAGACUAAGUUUUACUAUUCUACUGCAGGCUCCCUGCUGCACCUUGUAUGUAAGUUACAUAAUAUACUAUUGCCAAUGAAUCUGCAUUUUAACAUUUAAAGUUUUAGCGGUUUGAACACAUAUUAAAUCACAUUUACAAACGGGUCUAUCGCGAAUUUAUUUUGUUACCUUUAUUUACCGACGUUUCGACACAGGUUUCACUGGUCGUUGUCGCGGCUAACUGACGUCCCAGCAAAAUCGGUAAAUAAAGGUAUAACAAAAUAAAUUCGCGAUAGACCCGUUUGUAAAUGUGAUUUAAUCUGCAUUUUAUUGGCAGUUGUACUGUCUGACAAUAUUUUUUUGUUUAUUUUGUUGUGAAAUAUAUUUCGCUCCACAACCUGUUUCAUGUUUGAUGGUCACAGAAAAUACAGAAAUGUAUUAAAUAAUGGGUCAUUAUUAAGUUUUUCAAUCACCUGACUUUUGUGGUUGCAGACAUAUUUUUGAUGACUUGUCUGUAGAUUUUGAUGCCAAGAUUUUAAAAAUAAAAGUUGUAUUCUAAGAUACAAAACACCAUCAAAA